AUGGCCGGUUUGUCCACAGUUGUAGCAAGCCUUAACCGAAAAGUUGUCACCUCCAGUAGCAGACCGACAGUCCUUAGAAAUAUGGCCGGUCUUUCCACAAGCGUAACACUUGGUGUUGUUGGCUUGACAGUCUCUGGCAAAAUGGUUAGGACCUCCACACUUGUAACAGGUGGUAGAAGGCUUGAACUUAGAAGCAGCAGGAGCAGACGCUGGCUUUUCAGUAGCAGAAGCAUUGCAGUUCUUAGAUAUGUGGCCAAAUUGACCACAAUUGUAACACUUGGAACCUUGUUCUUGAGUUGGACAGUCAGAUUGAACAUGUCCCACAUCACCACACAAGUAACAUUGUUUAUGGGUGGUCAGUUUUGGUUCCUCACAUUCUGA